AUGAUUCAAAAUUGUUGAUCCAAUCGAAUGUCCUAAGACCCAAAUACCCAAUAUCUUUAUUCUUUAAAUUUUAAUCGUGGUCCUCUAAGUUAUAAGUAUAAUAAUAUUCAAAUUAUUGUUAAAUCGUAGUAUACCGUAUAUCACUUAUUCACUGUUCUAUUUAAUUUCCAUCUACUUUACUGUGCAUACUUUAAAGUUGUCUUUUGUAAUUGUGAUUGUUUGAUUAAAUACCUCCGUAAAAUUGUGAUGAGUAAUAGCAUUGAUUAUACAUAGUAUAAUAGAGAUUUGUCUUUGCUAAAUACUAAGGAAAUCCUUUGAAUCAUUAUAGAUGGAAAAUACUGCUAUGCGGAUGGAUUUGUCACGUGAAGAAGAAGAAAGUGCUCAUAUUUUAGAAUUAAGAGCUUUAAAAGAGUCUACUUUAAGUCGUUUUUCACCUCAAGUUAGGAAAUCAGUCACUUUAAUAAUUGAUGAGCUGCUGUGUAAAACUAUAUUUAAUAUUCAUAAGGAAUUAAAAUUAGGAGUUCUUGAUCCAAGACGGUUUGAUUCUAAUUACAAAAGACGCACUCACACUCCAACCUUAGAAAAUAUGGCUGAACAUUUGAAUAUCACUAAGCCAACUCAGGAAGUUGAGUGUCCCAAAUGUUUUGUAUCAGUGAAGUGUCUUUUGUUAUCUAAACAUUUAGCAUUGUGUAUGAAUCCAGACCAAAGCACUUAUUCUUAUAGUAGUAGAAAUAGUUCUCGAAUAGCACGACAGCGUAUACAACAAGGUUUUAAGACCUCUUAUGACGAAUCUAAAGAUGAUAGCGAUGAUGAACGAGUUAAACCGAAGAGACGUAGCUAUAAAGGAAAAAAGACACAAUCAAAAGCGUAAGGAUGUAGUUUCAUUUGAUAGUUCCCUUACCAAAAGAUGCCACAAUGUCAUAAUCAACAGGCUAUCACAAAGCUAACUUAGAAGACGAGAAGAACCAGAUUAAUGCUUAACUUGUGGCAAGCUCUAACAAUGAAACAUGUCCUACUUGACGGUCGCAACUAUGCAGCUACCAGAACAAUCAUAAGUAUACCUGAACACCUAUACAAAGUAUUGGGACCUGACCAAGAAAACAUCCACAAAAUCAUAAAAUUCUUAAAAAUAACUAAAUUAUAUACUUCUAAUUUUUUAUUUUUUUUUUUUAUUAAACUUGUACAUUUGUAUUGUAAAAUUCCUUACUGUUAUAUUAAAUCUCAUGAUGUAAAUGUAUAUAUAACUGUUGUCAAUAUUAUAAGCCGAUAACCUUAGUAAUUGCGGCACUAAUAAAAAAAAUAAAAAAAUAAUGUACAGGAAA